AUGAUAUCUACAUACAACAUUAACCUCUGAAUUAAUGGCGGAAGUAAGAGAUCUCUGCUACUUCUGACCAAAGUAAGGAAUUUUGUAUACUCUGUUUCCUUCUGGGUUGCUUUUUCUAGGGUUCUGAACCAUAACCAGCAGCUCAAUUUGGACUUGAAAAAGGUUCAAAUUCGAUUUUCUAAACUCGUCAAACGAGUAGUUUGUAUCGAUUCAUAACUUAAAAGUUGAAACUGAAAGCUUAGAUGCGAUUUCCGUUUUUGGAUGUGGAGUAUAUAGUCUGGAUCAGGUUAAGGUGGAUCUGUAUAUUUUGGUAUGAUUUCGGUGUUAAUUUGUUAACGUAAUGUUACUUAUUAGUUUCAGAUAUCUGUAAAUCUCUACAGUAUUCAUGAAUGUAUUUGCUGAUUUAUUGUAUAUUUGUUGAAAUUUAGUGUGUAUUCUUUUGGUGGGAAUGUGUGUAUUAGCUGUUUGAAAUUGGGAAUUUGAAAGGGGGGUCUAGAUUUUGGUUAAUUAGGGUUCUUAUUGGGGAUAUACAUUGGAAAGAUGGCGUUUGGUAGACACGAAAGGGUACAGUUUAGCAAAAUCUAUUCUCUAUCGUGUUUUCGGCCAUCAACAAGUGAAGAACAUGGCCAAAUCGGGCAAAGGGGUUACUCUAGAGUUGUUUAUUGCAAUGAUUUCGAUAAUCCAGAGGGAUUUCAGGUGAGAUAUCGGAGUAAUUAUGUGUCGACGACUAAGUAUACGGCGGUCAAUUUCAUUCCAAAAUCAUUGUUUGAGCAGUUUAGGAGGGUUGCAAAUAUUUACUUUCUAGUUGUAGCUUGUGUUUCAUUUAGUCCAUUGGCACCCUUUAGAGCUUCCAGUAUUCUUUUUCCUCUGCUGGUGGUGAUUGGGGCAACCAUGGCAAAGGAAGGUGUGGAAGAUUGGAGGCGUAGAAAGCAGGACAUAAAGGCCAACAAUCGAAAGAUCCAUGUUUACAAAGAUCGCUCAUUUUCACAAAGCAAAUGGAAAGAUUUGCGUGUUGGUGAUCUUGUUAAAGUCUACAAAGACGAAUAUUUUCCCGCGGAUCUUCUUCUCCUCUCGUCAAGCUACCCAGAUGGGAUUUGUUAUGUUGAAACCAUGAAUCUCGAUGGAGAAACUAAUUUGAAGUUAAAACAUGCAUUUGAUGUCACAACUUCUUUUCACGAUGACGACUCCUUUCACAAAUUUAAAGCAGUCGUUAAGUGUGAAGAUCCGAACGAAGAUCUUUACUCUUUUGUUGGGAGUUUGUGUUACAACAGUCAGCAACAUCCGCUUUCUCUUCAGCAGAUUUUGUUAAGAGAUUCAAAACUAAGAAACACCGAAUAUAUUUAUGGAGCGGUCAUUUUCACGGGCCAUGAUACUAAAGUCAUGCAGAAUGCCACCGAUCCUCCUUCUAAAAGAAGUAAGAUUGAAAGGAGAAUGGAUAAGAUAAUAUACAUCCUUUUCAGCACUUUGAUUUCGAUAUCUUUUAUCGGAUCCAUCUUUUUCGGGUUAAGAACUAAUCGGGACUUGAACCAUGGAAGUUAUGGAAGAUGGUAUCUUGAACCAAGCCGCACAACUGCUCUUUAUGAUCCCAAAAGACCCGUGCUAGCUGCGUUUUUGCAUUUCUUGACGGGACUUAUGUUGUAUGGCUAUUUAAUCCCGAUAUCAUUAUAUGUUUCCAUUGAAAUGGUGAAGGUGUUGCAGAGCAUAUUCAUAAAUCAAGAUCAGGAUAUGUACCAUGAAGAAACGAACCGGCCAGCGCGUGCUCGAACGUCGAAUUUGAACGAAGAACUCGGCCAGGUUGAUACGAUUCUUUCCGACAAAACUGGGACUUUAACAUGCAACUCGAUGGAGUUCGUUAAAUGCUCGAUAGCUGGUGUUGCAUAUGGUCGUGGGAUGACGGAGGUGGAAUUGGCUUUGGCACGGAGAAAGAACAUUGAACAGCCUGAUGUUGGUAAUACCUCCUCAAACAGUUCUGGCAGCCAUGGCGGCAUUGGGAACUCCGGCAAGUCGAUUAAAGGUUUCAACUUCAGGGAUGAGCGGAUUAUGGAUGGGGAAUGGGCUAAUGAACCUCAUUCAGAUAUCAUACAGAAAUUCUUUCGGGUUUUAGCCAUCUGCCAUACGGCCAUACCUGAUGUUGAUAAGCACACGGGUGAACUUUCAUAUGAAGCUGAAUCACCAGAUGAAGCUGCCUUUGUUAUAGCAGCGAGGGAACAUGGUUUCGAGUUCUUUGAAAGGACGCAAACAAGCAUCUCCUUGCAUGAAUGUGAGAGUGGCGUUAAGAUCGACAGAUCAUACGAGCUCCUUAACAUGAUAGAAUUCAGCAGUGCUCGCAAGAGGAUGUCGGUGAUCAUUAGAAAUGCGGAAAACCAGUUGUUAUUACUUUGCAAGGGUGCCGACAGUGUCAUGUUUGAAAGACUCUCGAAAGAUAGUCAACCAUAUGAAGAUCAAACAAAGAAUCAUAUCAACAAGUAUGCAGAAGCAGGUUUACGGACUUUGGUAAUUGCAUAUCGCCCUCUUGAUGAAAACGAGUAUAAGGCAUGGGAAAAAGAGUUCUUAAAAGCCAAAAAUUCCGUCUCGGUUGAUCGUGACGAUUUGGUAGACGCUGCUGCCGAGAAGAUCGAGCGGGACUUGAUUUUACUCGGUGCUACAGCCGUUGAGGACAAACUUCAAAAGGGGGUUCCUGAAUGCAUAGAGAAACUUUCACAUGCCGGGAUUAAGAUUUGGGUCUUAACCGGCGAUAAGAUGGAGACCGCGAUAAAUAUAGGGUAUGCUUGUAGUUUGCUUGUUCAGGGAAUGAAGCAAAUUGUGAUCACGUUAGAUUCUCCCGAUAUUAGUGCCUUAGAAAAGCUAAAUGAUCGGGAGGCCGUUGCCAAGGCAUCUAGGGAAAGCAUAGAGAAGCAAUUGAGAGAAGGAAGAUCACAACUUGAUCUAGCUAAAAGUAGCUCCGUCUUGUUUGCUUUGAUAAUUGACGGUCGAUCGUUAACUUUUGCUCUCGAGAAAAAUCUUGAAAACUCAUUUUUGGAAGUUGCGAUUGAUUGCUCAUCGGUCAUUUGCUGCCGCUCUUCCCCUAAACAAAAAGCUCUUGUUACUAAGAUGGUAAAGGAAGGAACAAGAAAGACGACACUAGCAAUCGGGGAUGGGGCAAAUGACGUUGGGAUGCUUCAAGAAGCUGAUAUUGGAGUAGGAAUUAGUGGUGCAGAAGGAAUGCAGGCUGUGAUGGCGAGUGAUUUUGCAAUAGCUCAAUUUCGUUUUCUUGAACGAUUGUUGUUGGUGCAUGGACAUUGGUGUUACAGGCGAAUAGCUAUGAUGAUAUGCUACUUCUUCUACAAAAACAUCGCUUUCGGGUUCACGCUUUUUUGGUUCGAAGCCCAUGCUUCCUUUUCUGGGCAACCGGCUUACAACGAUUGGUACAUGUCGUUUUACAAUGUUUUCUUCACUUCCCUUCCUGUUAUUGCUCUUGGUGUUUUCGAUCAGGAUGUCUCUGCACGGCUCUGUCUAAAGUACCCGUUACUGUACCAAGAAGGAGUGCAAAACAUUCUCUUCAACUGGCCAAGAAUUCUCGGGUGGAUGUUCAACGGACUUCUUAGCUCCAUGAUCAUCUUCUUCAUCUGCAAAAACUCGACAAUCCACCAGGCUUUCCGUGAAGACGGCCACGUCGUCGACUACGAAAUCCUUGGUGUCAUAAUGUACACGUGCGUAAUAUGGGCCGUCAAUUGCCAGAUGGCACUUUCAAUCAACUACUUCACUUGGAUUCAGCAUUUCUUCAUUUGGGGUAGUAUCUUCUUUUGGUACGUAUUUUUAGUCCUUUACGGGUACCUAAAGCCCGAAUGGUCCAAAACCGCUUAUCGGGUUUUUGUAGACGCAUGUGCUCCGAGCCCGUUUUAUUGGAUGACCACCUUUUUGGUGGUCGCGUCGACCCUUUUACCGUAUUUUCUUUAUCGGGCUUUUCAAACACGGUUUCACCCAAUGUAUCAUGACGAGAUUCAAAGGCGACGGUCGGAAGGGUGCGAGUCAACGGGCCCUGGUGAGUUGCCGGGCCGGGUAAAGGAUAAAAUGGACCAUUUGAGUGAGAGGAUGAAGCAUAGUUAUAGAGAGUAGGGUUGUGUUUUGGUUUGUUUAUUUGUGAAAUUACCAAUAUAGCCUUGCUAUGCAAGUUUUGAAUAGAAGGCUAUGUGUAACAUGUAAUGUAAAUUAUAGGGUAUAUAUUAUUAGUGUGUAAUUAAGGUGUUGCAUCUUUCACUAA